AAACUAAAACAAACAUAAACAAGCUCAUAACAUAUUCUUUCACUAACUAUUGCUUGCUAAAAAUCCUGCGUAUAUUGCCUUUGUGCUCCGCCAAUAUCAUUAGAAGGAUGAAGGGGACAAUUUCAGAUGAGAUAGAAGUGAAUGUGCCUGCAAAUGUAGCAUGGGAACUCUAUGGCACAUUGCAUCUAUCUAGGUUCAUUGUGCAAGAGUUGCCUACUCUUCUUAACAAAGUUGAUGUAAUUGAAGGUGAUGGUAGUACUGGAACAGUCCUCAAAAUCACUUUUCCUGAAGGUACUCCAGGAGUACCUUAUUUCAAGGAGAGAUUCAACAUAGUGGAUGAUGAGAAAAGAUACAAGCAAUCACAGGUGAUUGAAGGUGGAUAUGUUGAUCUUGGCUAUACUUUUUAUGGAAUAAGGUUUGAGGUGAAUGAGAAGGAUGAAAAUUCAUGCAUUACAAAGUUUACAGUGAGUUAUGAAGUGGAAGAUGUGAAGCUUGCAAGUCAUGCAUUCACAAUGGUUGAGCCAUUGCAGACUGUUAUCAGAUCCGCCAAGACUUAUUUGACAAACAAAACAUAUAAUUGAGUCCCUCAAGUCAUAUCAUUUUAAUUGAGAAGACCAAAUUUCUAUUUUUUAUUUCCAUCAAAUUCAACAGUACUUCAGCUGGCUAGACUAAAGAAAGCUACAUUUAUGCAAUGCAAAAAUAACAUUAUCAUCUUCUUGUUA